AUGGCGGCACUGCUGCUGCAGGAGUUUGAAAGCUCCGAAAUAUCAAAGCUACCAAAAACAAUUCAGAACAAACUCGAGAAGAUCCUGUCAGAUCAGCAAUAUGAAAUCGAUUCUUUGAAAGCACAACAGGAACAAUUUAGAGUCGACAGCGAGCAACACUUCUUUGAGAAAGUGAAACAGCUUGCUCAGUGUCAGGAAGAGUUUUUAUCCCAGACUCAAGAGCACAUUAAACUCAAAGAAGAGUUGACCAAGCUCGUGGAUGAACUCAAAGGUGUGCGUGAGAAAAACAAGGAAUAUGAAAAUGUCCAAGAGAGGUUGUCAUCAGAGCAGACGGUGCUGUCAAAGGCCAAGGAAGAACUGGAGGGAGAAAAGCUUGAACUUGUACGAACACUGGAAAGGAGAUCCUUGGAAGUGGAACAUUUAAAUGAUGACUUGAGGCAACUCAAUGAUAAGUUGGUGGAAGUCAACACCUCUAAAAUGGCUCUGCAGAUGAAGCUGGAUGAGCUUGAAGCAGCUGAAGUCAACAUUAAAUACAAGGAGAAGCGUAUGGAACAAGAAAAGGAGCUGCUGAAUGGCCAAACAUCUUGGCUGAAUGAGGAGUUGAAGGCCAAGAGUGAGGAGCUAUUGUCCCUGUCCCGACAGAAGGGUAACGAGAUCCUGGAACUGAAGUGCAACCUGGAGAACAAAGAAGAUGAGUUGACCAGACUCCAAGACCAAGUGGCCAGUUUGAAGACUUCAAAUGAGAACCUUCAGAAACAGAAUGAGGACAUGAUCAGCAAGCUGAGAGAAUCCAAGGAGCAGCAAGCCACCAUGGAGGAAAAGUUCAGAAAUGAGCUGAAUGCCAACAUUAAGCUUUCCAAUUUAUACAAGGGAGCAGCAGCAGAUUCUGAGGCAAAAAGUGAAGAACUGAGUCGAGCAGUGGAGGAGUUGCAUAAGCUGCUGAAAGAUGCUGGAGAAGCAAACAAGGCCCUUGAGGGGAAGUUGCAGGAGAUGAAUGGUGCCACAGACAACACUGUUGCUGAGCUGAAGGAGAGGAUCCAGGGGCUCGAGAAAGAACUGGACAAUGCCAAUGAUCUGCUGUCUAAUUCUAAACUUAGAGGCCCUGUCGGCACAACAUCUUUGAUCACAGAGGAGCAAAUGACAACUAUGUCUCCAACAGCAGCUGCUGUAUCCAAGAUAAAACCCGGAAUGAAGCUAACUGAGUUGUAUACUGCCUAUGUGGAGAGCCAAGAGCAGCUGCAGUUGGAGCGCCUGGAGAACAAACGGGUCAACAAAUACCUGGAUGAUAUCGUGCAGGAAGUGGAAGCAAAAGCCCCUAUCCUCAAACGGCAGAGAGACGAACAUGAGCGCAUGCAGAAGUCAGUGGCCAGUCUUUCCACCAAGCUGGAGCAGGCUGUGACGGAGGUGCACCGCCUGCAGAAGGAGGCUGAUGAAGCCAACAAGCGCUCCUCUGUCCUGGAGAGGGACAGCCAGAGGUGUGAACUGCAGCUCUCAGACAUGGCUCAGCAGGUGCGUGUGCUCCUUAUCGAGCUGGAAGAGGCUCGUGGAAACCAUGUGAUUCAUGAGGAGGAGGUUAGCUCAGCCGAUAUCAGCAGCACAUCUGAGGUGAUCAGUCAACACCUAGUGACGUUCCGCAGUGUGGAAGAGCUGCAGAAGCAGAACCAGCGUCUUCUGGUGGCCCUCAGGGACCUCAGCGAUGCCCAAGAGAAAGAAGAGCACGAGGCCACCGGCAAUAAGCGUGGUGAGCUGGAGCAGAGUUUGGACAAAGCCCAGGUUGAGCUGGAGUCCCUGAAGGAGCAACGCAACCAGCAGAUUAAGAUGACUGAGUCCAUUGUGAGGCAGAGGGACAUGUACCGUGUGCUGCUGGCCCAGGCAACAGGAGUCAGUUUCCCUCAGCAAGGUACACCACCUGAGGAGUUCUCCCUGACCUCCACCCCACGGCGCUCACCCGCAGCCACUCCCACCACAGGAACACCCACUGCACUCAUCUCCAUGGCAGCAGAAUCUGCUGAAGCACUGGAGGCCAAGGCAGCUUUGCGACAGUUGCAGGAGGUGUUCACUACCUAUAAAAAGGAGCGUGUGGAGGCUGACAAGGGACUGACUGGGCAAAAUGAGAAGCUCCAGGAGCAGCUUUCUGACCUCCGCUCCCAAAAUGCAAAGACAUCCACACAGCUCGAGUUUGCUUCUAAGAGGUACGAGAUGCUGCAGGAUAAUGUCGAGGGCUACAGGAAAGAGAUUGCCUCCCUCAGAGAAAAAGGACAGAAGAUGACAGCUGCCACACAGAAGCACGAGCAAACCAUCCACACUUUAAAUGAAGAUCUGAGAGCUGCAAAGGAGAAGCUUGCUAUGGCUGAGGGCCGUGCUGAGAGCCUGCGAAAGGAGAGAGACCUGCUGAAGCUGGUUGAGUCCAGGUUAAAUCAGGAAAAAGAGACAAUCCUAAGCCAACAGCAGAGCCAGAACCUGCUGCUUUCCAACCUGCAGACCAUUCAGGCCACUCUUGAGCGUUCAGAGACUGAUACACGUCAGCGCCUCAACGGCCAGCUGGAGAAACAGGAACGAGAGAUCUCCCAGCUGCAGAAGAGGCUGGAGAACGAGGUGGAACAGCGGCAUCUGCUCAGCAGAAACCAGGAAAUCCAGGUAAUGGAUGCAAAGAGGCAGCUGGAAACACAGGUGGCUUUACACCAGAAGACCAAGGAGCUGCUGAGUGCUGCCGAGUUGGAGCUAAAUACACACAGACUGCAGCAAGGCAGCAACGAAGCACGCCACACACUGAGCACCCCCUCCACGCCCAUCAUCAGAGGCCUGCAGGCUUCAGAUCAAGACAGAGAGGAUCUGCAGGGCCGCCUGCGCUUGGCUGAAAGCCGGGCAGAGGAGCUGGCAGAGAGUCUCAGGGCAGCCACCUCCAGCAUGGAGCAGUACAGAGCCAUGGCUCAGAGCCUGGAGGACUCCCUGGAUAAAGAGAAACAGGUAACGGAGCAGGCACGCUCCUCCAUUGAAACCCGUAUGAAGGAGGCUGAGGAGCAGCACUGCAGGCUGCAGGAGAAGCUUCUUGAUGCAGAGAAGGAGAAACAAAGUAUGGAGGAGCUCAAGCACAGAGCCCUGGUCUCUCUGGAGGAGCAGAUAAACACUUUGAGGAGGAGUCUAAGCAGUGCCCAGUCAGAUCGCCAGGCGGCACUAUUGCGAGUGACAGUCGCUGAAACCCAGCAGCAGCAGGCUCUACAAGACAGCCAGGAUCAGGCUAAGCUGGCAGCUGAGGCGCAAGAUAAGUAUGAGCGGGAGAUGAUGCUUCAUGCAGCAGAUGUGGAGGCCCUGCAGGCUGCGAAGGCUCAGGCCCUGCAAGCUGUGGAGGUUAGACACCAACUGGAAGAGCGAGCCCAGAGGGUCCAAGCUGAGCUACUGGAGGCCAGGGUCUCCUGGGGGGAGCAGGAGAAGAUCCUCAAGGAGGAGAUGUCUAAGAUAGAGAACCGCCAUGACGAGUUGCAGACACAGAACACUCUCCUGCACGAACAGCUCCAAACAAUGAGUAGCAAGAUGGCUGACAAUUUACAGCGUGCUUCAAGUGAGAGUCCCAUGAACAUCUCCCUGACUGAAGAGGGAAAAUCUCAAGACCAAGUCCUUGAGAUUCUCAGGUUUGUGCGUCGGGAAAAAGAGAUUGCAGAGUCUCGUUUUGAGGUUGCCCAAGGGGAGAGUUUGCGUUACCGCCUGAGAGUGGAGCACCUGGAACGAGAACUGAAGGAGGUGCAGGACAGCUUGAGUGCUGCAAGGGAAAGGAUGCAGGUGACAGCAAAGACCUUGGCUCAGCACGAUGAGCUGAUGAAGAAGACGGAAACUAUGAGCAUCCUGAUGGAGUCCAACAAGAUGCUGAGGGAGGAGAGGGACAAGAUGGAGCAAGAGCUGCAGCAAACCCAAGCUAAGGUGCAAAAGCUGGAGUCAGACAUCAUGCCACUGCAACAGGCGAACUCCGAACUGAGUGAGAAGAGCGGGAUGCUGCAAGCAGAAAAGAAGAUAUUGGAAGAAGAGAUCAAGCGCUGGAAGGCUCGGACCCAGCAUUUGGUGAGCCAGCAGAAAGAUUCAGAUCCUGAAGAGUACAAGCGUCUUCAUUCUGAGAAGGAGGCUCACCUUAAACGUAUUCAGCAGCUCACUGAGGAGAGCAACAGACUUAAAGCAGACGUGACCAGGAGCAAUAAUCUAACGGCAUCCCUGCAAAGCCAGAUACAGAACUUGCGUGAUAACAUGAGUAAGAUAACUGAUGAGAGGAAUUCGCUAAAGAAGGAAUUUGAUGCCAAGAACCAGGAGCUCCUGGAGAAGGCGCGGACGAUCACCCAGGUCAAGAAGAUUGGACGGCGCUACAAGACUCAGUAUGAUGAGCUCAAAGUGGAACAUGACAAGAUGGUAGCUGAGGCCGCGGCAGGUCCAUCUCAAGAAGAGGAGGCUCGUCAAGCCUCAGUUCAGGAACUGCAGAGCCUCAAAGAUUCUCUGAGCCAGGCUGAAUCCAAGACCAAAGAGCUGGAGGGACAGCUGGAGAACAUUAACAAGGUGGUUACAGAGCGUGAGACUGAAGCACGCAAUGCCCAGGAACAGUCAUCCAGGUUGCAGACAGAGCUGACCAGGCUGAGGCAGGAGCUGCAGGAUAAGGCUUCCCAGGAGGACACACUGAGACAGCAGAUGGCUGACAAGGAGGAAAAGACCAGGAAGGCCAUCGUUUAUGCCAAGCAGAAGAUCAACCAGCUCAUGGCCACCAAAGAGCAGUUGCAGAAGGAAAAUGAGGAGCUAAAGCAGCAGCGUGAGGAGUUGGAGGUGCGAGUGAGUGCUCUCAAGUCCCAGUACGAGGGCCGUCUGAGUCGACAGGAGAGAGAACUGAGGGACCUGCGAGGUCAACAGGAGAGACAGGAGCAAAGAGACGAGCCAGCUGAGGCAGGUCCUAGUAAGACCCAGGAGCAGCAGAGGAGUACAGAACAGAGACAGAUCAGUCUGAAGACAACCCCAGCUGCAGACAGGGGCAGUGCUAGCAGCUCCGAGCCUCCGACUGCCAACAUUAAGCCAACACCUGUAGUGGCCACAGCCAGCAAGCAACCCGUCAACCCGGGGAACAAACCAACUCCAAGGGCAAGCAUCAGGCCUAUGAUCACCCCAGCUACUGUACCCACCCCGACACCCACUGCUACUGUCAUGCCCACCACACAGGUGGAGACCCAGGAAGCCAUGCAGUCUACAGAAGGCCCACCAGUGGAGCAUGUCACUGUGUACGGUAGCGCUAGUGGCUCGGUGCGCUCCGCCAGCCCCAACAUCCAGACCACUUUAGCGAGCCCCAUGCUAAAUGUGCAGCAGACCCAGACCCAGGCCACAGCUUUUGUCCAGCCAACGCAGCAACAGAGUGUGACCCACACAGAACCGGCCAAUCAGGAGCCACCACCUGUCGUAAUUGAGGCGACCCCCAGCUCGCAGGUGGAAUGGCCUUCAGCAUCUUCUACUUCCUCUGUGUUUGGAACUGUUUCAGCGACACCAGGAACCUCAUCCAUGUCCAAAAGACCUCGUGAAGAGGAGGAAAGCACCACCAUGGUCACUGACACAGAGGCCUCCCAGGAGGAUACCUCCAGGGCUCCUAUACCCAAGAAGUUGCGCAUUAUCCAGAGAGUGGGUCCAGAGGAGGAGGUGCUGGCUGAGGACAGUGCUGAGGCUGAAGGAAUGGUGCCAACAGACAGUCAGGACGGUGCAGAAGCCACCCAGACGGAGGAGUUUCCAGCACUGGAGGACGGAGAUGAGGGCACAGCUUCCCAGUCUGUCGCAAUGGAUCAAGAGGUUACUCUGACACAAAGUGAAACCCCUGACCCGACUCAACGGGAAGUUAUCAUCAUCGUAACAGAUACAGAGAGUGAGGAGGACCAAGAAGAGGAGGAGGAAGAGGAGGAAGAACAGGACUAUGAAGAUGAGGAGGAAGAGGAAGACGAGGAAGAAGAAGAGGAGGAGGAAGAUGAAGAAGAUGAAGAGGAAGAUGAUGGCGGGAUGGGGGAUGAAGGGGAGGACAGUAACGAAGGCAGCGGGGAUGGAAAUGAAGCGUACGAAGGAGACGACACAGAGGGAGCUGAUGUAACAGACCCUGGCACAGAGACAGAAGAGAGUUUGGGGGCGUCUGACUCCACCCAGAGGCCCGCAGAUUCCCAGACACCUAGCUUUGAGAGCAGUGCGAUGGAGGUCUUUUCUACAGAGCAACCCAUAACAAGCUCUGGUGCACGCAUGCCCCAGUCGCCACGGAGACCAACACAUCAGCUGCCCGCCCGACUGAACACCCACCCCGCCCCAACAUCAGAACUGGGACCUCCUGCUCAGGUUCAGUGUAUUCCUGUUCGUCGAGUCCCUCAGCUUGCUCCUGGGAUGUCCAGCAAUGCUCAGCACUUCUUUGAUGAUGAUGACAGGAUGGUUCCCAGCGCUCCCACUCUGGUGGUGCCACACCGCUCUGAUGGUUUUGACCAGGCCAUUCAUUCUCCACAAGUGGCCGGUGUCCCUCGCUUCCGGUUUGGCGCUUCAGAGGACAUGCCACAGACCAGCUCGUCCUCGCACUCUGACCUGGGACAGCUUGCAUCACAAGGAGGUCUUGGCAUGUUUGAAAGCCCCCUGUUCCUCGCAUCUCAUGAAGAGGACUCUGGUGGACGUAGCGUUCCCACCACACCGCUCCAAGUGUCAGCGCCAGUAACCAUCUUCUCAGAGGUUGUUCAGUCAGACGCCACGGAGCAUGCCUCCCAGUCAGUUCCCAUGGUGAGCACAUCGACGCCGAGCCUGGUCGUGGCAGGAGCAGCCGGUUCAGGGGAGGAAAGAGAUGAUGUCUUCCUGGAGCCAGACACUGAUAGGCCCAGUUCAGAAGCAUCAGUGGAUCCUGUGGUGUCUCAGGGUGAUAUGGAGGAGUCAAGCCAGCCGUCUGACAAGUCUAACCUCCCCUCCACCAGCCAGGAGCCCUCUUCCAGCUCUGCAGAUACGAGCAGUGCUCCACCUAAACCCUCCAGACCUGGAUCCAGCAGACAGCUGCAGCGUUGGCCAGAGAGCCGCGGUGGGCGCAUGAAGAGAGGAGGUCAAGCAUUUCCCUCUCGGGGGGGAAACGGGAGACGAUUCGCCAGAUGAAGCACUAAAACUGGACAAACAUGACUGCAGAACUUGUCAUUCCCCCUAGAACCACAUUAUACAUUUUCUUUUUCAAUCUGAGUGUUCA